AUGUACGCAUUGGCGUUUCGACUCCCCCGCUCUACUUGCGCUUUUGACCGAGGCUAUCAGGGUACCCCACCAGACGUCAUCAUCAAGCAUUCUAAAGCUGUCAGAAUUGUUUCGAAAGAAGCAGUUCAACAUCGCGUACCUCUUGACCUCUGGAAAUUCUUGCUCACUUUGCGGAACCAGUCCGAGAGCCCUUUUGAGAAACUUCCUCAGGCCAAACAGACUUUGAUUUGUCUCCUGCAUAACAUUAAGAAUGGUAAAGGCUCAGUCGAUGCCCUCCACAUUGCUGAAGUGCCCAAGCCCAGACUCGGCAAGUCUCAAGCACUCGUGAAGAUCAAGGCGUUCGGUCUGAACCGUAUGGACCUUCUACAACGUGAAGGCAUGUACCCUAUACCGCCAGAUGUCUCCAAGAUUCUGGGCGUGGAGUUUUCUGGCAUCAUCUCCGAGUUGAGCGAGGAAGGCGGAGGACAGGAAGGGUUCAAAAUAGGCGACGCAGUUUUUGGUCUUGCAUAUGGGGGAGCGUAUGCAGAGUACAUCGCCGUUAGCACACACAUGCUUAUUCGCAAACCAAAAGAGUUGAGCUGGGAGCAAUGCGCGGGAAUCCCCGAAGUGCCAAUGUAUCUUGUCGGUGGUUUCGCAGCUGGUAGAUCCAUCCUAUGGCAUGCCGCCGCCUCCUCCGUCUCGAUCUCGGGAAUUCAACUUUCGCUUGCCGACUCUGCGUCUGCCGUUUUCGCAACGGCCCGGCAAGAUUCAAAAUGCUCCUUCGCUGUCAAAGAACUGGGCGCAAAAGCCGCCUUCAAUACAACAACCCAGAACUGGGUUGAAGAAGUCAUGAAAGCAACGAACAACAAGGGUGUAGAUAUUAUUGUUGACUUCGUUGGUGCAAGCUAUUUCCAGCAAAACCUCGAUGCUGUUGCGAAGGAUGGUGUCAUUGUGAACCUGGGAUUUAUGGGUGGUACAAAGCUUCCAGAAGGAACAGAUAUUAGCGCGUUUAUCCGCAAGCGAUGCACAUUUGUUGGGAGCAGUUUGAGGAGCAGAGAUGAGGAGUAUCAGGGUUGGCUUAGAGAUCACUUGGUGGAACACGCACUGCCCAAAUUCAUAAAUGGGAGCUUCAAGCUGUUCGUGGAGAGAGUAUUGCCGUGGGAGCAGAUCCAGGAUGCACAUCGGUUGCUAGAGGAGAACAAAACUAAAGGAAGUUUCCACGCAAAAAUAAAAGUCACGCCAGUAGAGUACUUCUUCAACGUCAAACAUUGGAGCGACAAAAAAAGAAUCGACGUUGGCCAGAUUCGAACUGACGCUCCCGAAGGAACAAGAUUUCUAGUCUUGCGCGAUAACCACUCCGCCACAACGCCUUGA